AUGGCCGACUGGGACGUUAUUGUCAUCCAAGAACCAUACAUUAACUUUUUACGUAAUACUCACACUAACCCCCAUUGGCACGUCAUUUAUCCCACUCAGCACUUCACCCACUCCCAGCAACGCACCAGGUCCAUCACACUCAUCAACGCCAAACUGGACACCAACUCGUGGAAGCAAAUUCCGUUCCCAUCUUCCGACAUAGUGGCCAUCCAGCUGUCCGGACACUACGGUCGCUGCACGAUAUUUAAUAUCUAC